CCCCAGUAGAGCCCAUUCAUUCGUAGAUGUUCAGUCAACCAGUACUCGUAGCUUUUGUCCUUGGUGUUGAGAUUCACAAUAUACUGGAUAUGUUUCUCCUUGAAAAGCGUUAAUUCGUGCUGUUGGUGUGCCAUUGUAGGUUCUGAUGCUGGCAAUUAAGUGCAAACCACUUCUUCAACUACUCUUGUGUGGACAGGAGAUUUGCACCAGAAAAAAUCGGAGACUUUUUAGCUUUGCCUUCACUAACAGAUGUGUCAAGUUUCAGCAAGCGAUACUCAUCAAACACUAACUGCAACCGAAGAAAUGAUCAAACCUGAGGACACCAGUUCUCUAAGUAUCAUCAAGAUCAAAAGGAAAAGGACUGAGGACCCUUUGCAGGCAUUGGUCAUAGAAAACUCAAGACUCCUUAAGAAAACCAGAAGCUGUCUAUUCAAAUUGAAAAGGACUGACGAAGUUAGCCAAAUCGAUGUGGACAACGAAGAUGAAAAUAUACUACAACCUGAUAUAAAAUAUGAUGGAAAUGGGUCAUUAAAUCUGGAAGGUCAAAAGGAAGAAAAGAAAGUAUUCUUACUACCUCGAAAACGCAAAGAACUGGUUUUUACGCCAGUAAAUCAGAACCACAAGCGAUUCCAGUCAAGUUUUGUCACCAAGAGCAGUGAAACUACAGCUCAAAAAGAUGUCUCUCAGAUAGAGGAGGAAAAAUUUGAAGUAGACGAUAUAUUGUUGCAAAUGGUUGAUGAAUGUUUGGCUCUUGAGAACCAAAAGAACCCAUCAAGUGGAACUACUCACAAAGAUAUUCAAAAUGGCAACAAUAGCAGCAGCCCACUAUUCUCUAGUAACCAUAACUUGAAAACCAAUGAGAAUAACAAUGAACAAAGCAGUACUUAUGUUUAUGAUGUGUAUGAAUUCACUAACUCCACAGACCAGUUGUUGAAUUAUUCCUCUGUAUCUCAAGAUAUGCAGACCACCUCUAAAAUAGACUUAUCUCGAAUUGGUUAUAUCAGAUUUGAAGAUGAAGAACUAAUAAGUCUAUUGGAUCAGGAAGAUGAAAAUGAUUCUGAAAACUUGAAUAACAUGACUGAUGAUGAGGAUUCAAAUGCUGAAGACUUUUACAAGAACGAUUAUCCAGACAAUGAAGACGAUGAUAACUCAAUAAUUUUCAAUUCAAAUGAUUACGACUACAAUGAAUACGACUACGACUAUGGGUAUGAAUACGAUGAUAAUAGAUUUAAUGAAUACGGAAACCAUCGGCUCGAAACUAGUUAUUCAACCUCAGAAGACAACAAAGAAUAUGUUGAUGAUAUUGAAGAUAAUAAUCAGCAAGGCGAUUUAAAAUUCAAAGAUAUAGAGUCUAUUUAUAAAACUUUCAAUAAAAACCAUAAGAAUUUGGUUACCACUUUAUCCCAUUUGAGUCUGAAUGAAGAUAGAAUUGCAGAUGAUUCAGUUAGUCGUGGGGAUGAUGAUGAUUAUUAUCAUUCGAAUGAAUCAAAUGACGACAACGAUUCAGAGAUAUUCAAAAGAAAUUACUUUGCUCCGGGCGAUAGAGAUGAUCCAAGGGCAAUGCACAGAGACAAAAUUUUUGGCAAGCUACAAAAACAAAUUGACAAAAAUAAGAAAAAAUAAUGAUUUAUUAAGAUUAACCCAAAAAAAAUUGUUUUCUAAUGUAUUAUCUGUAAAAAAAAAGGCUAUGGUCAGAAUAGGAAUGUAAUAGGAAGGAUAGAAUAAAGAACUGAAAGAAUAAUUGAAUUGGUUUAAUAAUAGUCGUAUAGAUAUAAUUAACAAACAAAAGAGAUAAAAACAAAUCUAAAAAAAAUACAACUACUCAAGAUGGAGAUAGAAGAAAAAAAGAGAAAAAAUCACAAAGAAGAAUAGAUGCAGAUGUGUUUAGAAGCAAAAACUAAAAAAUUUCAAAACAGCUAAAACAAAGAUA